AUGGCAGAAUCCAAGAGUGGAAGACCUCGUGUCUAUUUCGACAUUACAAUUGGCGGCAGACAAGAAGGCCGCAUUGUCUUUGAGCUGUUCAACGAUGUGGUUCCAAAGACUGCCGAGAACUUUCGCGCACUCUGUACUGGUGAAAAGGGGGAAGGGAAGUCUGGCAAGCCUCUGAGCUACAAAGGGUCAAUUUUCCAUCGAGUGAUCAAGUCUUUUAUGAUCCAGGGUGGUGAUUUCACGGCAUUCAAUGGCACUGGCGGAGAAUCAAUCUAUGGAGAAAAGUUCCCAGAUGAGAAUUUCGAGCUGAAGCAUGACCGACCCUUCCUCUUGUCGAUGGCAAACUCGGGACCAGGCACAAAUGGGUCCCAAUUCUUCGUCACCACCGUUCCCACUCCUCAUCUGGACGGCAAACAUGUUGUUUUUGGAGAAGUCAUCAACGGCAAAAACAUCGUGCGCAAGAUAGAAAACCUGCCCACGCAGUCAGACAAACCCGUGAGCGACGUUGUGGUGGCAGAUUGCGGACAGCUUGAAGGCAGCGAUUACAGCACAGCCACUCAGAAAGCGCCUGAUGCUACCGGGGACCCCUAUGAAGACUUUCCCGACGACCAGGGCGAGCUCAAGGGCGAAGAAUAUUACAAGAUUGCUCUAGAUCUCAAGGAGUACGGCAACAAAGCAUUCAAGGCCGGUGACAUUGAGACGGGUAUUGAAAAGUACCAAAAGGGCCUAAGAUAUCUUAACGAGUAUCCUGCAGCAAACGAGAACGAUCCCAAAGAUCUUCAGGCCAACAUGGACUCGCUUCGAUUCACCCUCCACAGCAAUUCAGCGCUCCUGGCCAUCAAAGCCAAGCGAUACGCCGAGGCACAGAAGUGGGCUGGAUUUGCGAUUGAUGCCAUCCCGAAGGAUGCAAAGGACACGGACAAGGCAAAGGCAUAUUUCCGGAGAGGUCAAGCGCGAGUUGCGCUAAAGGACGCGGACGAGGCCCUGAAAGACUUUGAGCAAGCGGCCAAGCUCGCUCCAGAAGACGCCGCGAUCAAGAGCGAACUGGCCAAGACCAAGAAGAGCCUGCAAGAGAGCCUCAAGAAGGAGAAGGAUGCAUACAAGAAGUUCUUUAGUUGA